AUGGAUGAACAUUUUGAUUUAGUAUCAGAUGUGAACGCCAAAAAACUUGCAUGGAAUUUCAAAGUAUUUGUAAUAAGGGUGUGGACAACUCCAAACAAGUUCAAUGUCAACGAGAUUGGCUCCAUCGAAAUGGUACUUCAAGAUAAACAGGGUGGCAGGAUUUAUGCAACCAUACCAAGAUCCCUGGCAAAGAAAUACAUUAGUGUUAUUCUUGAGUUCCACAUGUAUACUAUGAGUAACUUCAUAGUUGUUGACAACAUGACCAAGAAAAAAAACGGUGUUAGUAGGUGGGUACUUGUGUUUUCACAUAGAACAAGGGUUGAACAUAUAGAGAAUCCAACUUUUCCUUUGGAAGCAUUUCGAUUUAGGAACCUUGCAGAGAUGCAUACAGUCGAGAAAGUAGAGGAUCUUGAACUGUUUGAUAUAAUUGGAGAAAUUGUUGGAAAGGAAGAUCCAAGAGAAUUAGUAACUAGCAAGGGAAUAGAGACUAAGCGAUUGGUUGUUAUUGUGGAAGACUUGGAAUGGAAUGGCAAAACUUCAGUGCAGAGCCACUUUGAACUGUCCAAGGUCCAUGUCAACCCAGAACUAAAAGAAGUUAUGUCAUUCAAAAAAAGCCUAAUGAGCGGCUCUGAGUCAACUUCAGUGAGGAUUAGCCAUCAAUCGACCCAAAGUUCAUGGGUUGGGACUGAUGAGCUCAACAAUGGCAUGGCUAUUGUGAAAACAAUCGAACAAGUUUUAAAGUCUGUUGAGGAGGGGCCAACCUGGAUUGCAGGUACUAUUGUCUCAAUCAAUGCUGGGAAGGAUGAUUGGUUUUAUAAAGCAUGCAGGCGAUGUCCAAAAAAGGUGGAAACUCCUAUUGGGAAUAGGUACGAAUGUGCAAAGUGUGGCCACACCCAUGGUUGUGCAGCACUCAGAUAUAAGGUUGAGGUCAUGGUCUUUGAUGGUACCGGAAGCAUUACAUUGUUGUUGUGGGACAGAGAAACCAACCAGCUGUGUGGGAAAGCAGCUGAAAAAAUUGUAGAAGAGGAUGAUGCUAAAGAGGAUGAAUACCCUAAAAGUCUAGACAACAUGAUGGAUAGAAUGGUGCUUUUCAAAAUCAAUGUGAAAAGUGGUAACAUAAAACACUAUGAUCAGAUUUACACAGUCAUGAAAGUGUGUGAUGAUGAAGAAACAGUUGCAAAGAACAAGCCUCAGCAAAUGGACGUUAGUACAUCUAUGAACAUCACUGAGAAUAGAGGUAGCAACACGCUGGAGAUGUCCGGACAUGUUGUUAAUCUUAAGAAUGAUAAUGAUCCUCAGCUUACUGUGGAUUCUAUGGAAGACUGUGUUGAAAGCCUCAAAUACAAAACACCAGCUAAAAGAAUUGCCGGCAGUUUGAAGUAUGGUUCGGUUGUUGAUGAAGAAUGCCAGCUUUCGACAAAUAGGUUCACCCGAAAGGGAGGGAAAAAACUAAAGUCUCAAACAUCUGAGGCGGAUAAUUAA